CUCGGGAGCCAGCCCCGGCGAGAAGGCGCGGAGCCAUGGCCGAUGGGGGCGAGGGCGAGGACGAGAUCCAGUUCCUGCGAACUGAUGAUGAAGUGGUCCUACAGUGCACCGCGACCAUCCACAAAGAACAACAGAAACUGUGCUUGGCAGCAGAAGGGUUUGGCAACAGACUUUGCUUCCUGGAGUCUACUUCGAAUUCCAAGAAUGUUCCCCCAGACCUCUCCAUCUGCACUUUUGUGCUGGAACAGUCUCUCUCUGUCCGGGCCCUACAGGAGAUGCUGGCUAACACAGUGGAGAAAUCAGAAGGGCAAGUUGAUGUGGAAAAAUGGAAAUUCAUGAUGAAGACUGCUCAAGGUGGUGGUCAUCGAACACUCCUGUACGGACAUGCCAUAUUGCUACGCCAUUCCUAUAGUGGCAUGUACCUGUGCUGUCUGUCCACCUCCCGGUCUUCAACUGAUAAACUGGCCUUUGAUGUUGGCUUGCAAGAGGACACGACAGGUGAGGCUUGUUGGUGGACUAUUCAUCCUGCGUCCAAGCAGAGGUCGGAAGGAGAAAAGGUGCGCGUUGGAGAUGACCUCAUCUUAGUCAGUGUGUCCUCUGAGAGGUACCUGCAUUUGUCUUACGGCAAUGGCAGCUUACACGUGGAUGCUGCUUUCCAGCAGACUCUCUGGAGCGUGGCCCCAAUCAGCUCAGGAAGUGAAGCCGCCCAAGGGUAUCUAAUUGGUGGUGACGUCCUCAGGUUGCUGCACGGACACAUGGAUGAAUGCCUCACUGUCCCUUCGGGAGAACACGGUGAAGAGCAGCGGAGAACUGUUCACUAUGAAGGCGGUGCUGUAUCUGUCCAUGCACGUUCCCUGUGGAGACUAGAGACACUAAGAGUUGCGUGGAGUGGAAGCCACAUAAGAUGGGGCCAGCCCUUCCGACUACGCCAUGUCACAACAGGAAAGUACUUGAGUCUCAUGGAAGACAAAAACCUUCUACUCAUGGACAAAGAAAAGGCUGAUGUAAAGUCAACAGCAUUUACCUUCCGGUCUUCCAAGGAAAAAUUGGAUGCAGGGGUGAGAAAAGAAGUCGAUGGCAUGGGAACAUCAGAAAUAAAAUAUGGAGACUCAGUAUGCUAUAUUCAACAUAUAAAUACAGGCCUGUGGCUUACUUACCAGUCUGUGGAUGUGAAAUCAGUGAGAAUGGGAUCCAUACAACGUAAGGCUAUUAUGCAUCAUGAAGGUCACAUGGAUGAUGGCUUAAAUCUCUCUAGAUCUCAGCAUGAAGAAUCACGGACCGCACGAGUCAUCCGGAGCACUGUCUUCCUUUUCAAUAGAUUUAUAAGGGGCCUUGAUGCGCUCAGCAAAAAAGUGAAGGCUUCCACAGUAGACCUCCCUAUAGAAUCUGUGAGUCUGAGUCUGCAGGACCUGAUUGGUUACUUCCAUCCCCCCGACGAGCACUUAGAGCAUGAAGACAAACAGAACAGAUUACGGGCUCUAAAGAACCGUCAGAAUCUCUUCCAGGAAGAGGGCAUGAUCAACCUCGUGCUCGAGUGCAUCGACAGGCUGCAUGUCUAUAGCAGCGCGGCGCAUUUCGCGGACGUGGCGGGGAGAGAAGGAGGCGAGGCUUGGAAGUCGAUUCUGAAUUCUCUCUAUGAGUUGCUAGCGGCUCUAAUUAGAGGAAAUCGUAAAAACUGUGCCCAGUUUUCUGGCUCCCUGGACUGGUUGAUCAGCCGAUUGGAAAGACUGGAAGCUUCUUCUGGUAUUCUUGAAGUUUUGCACUGUGUGUUAGUAGAAAGUCCAGAAGCCCUAAAUAUUAUCAAAGAAGGACACAUUAAAUCCAUAAUCUCCCUUUUAGACAAGCAUGGAAGAAACCACAAGGUUCUGGACGUCUUGUGCUCUCUCUGUGUCUGCCAUGGGGUAGCGGUCCGUUCCAACCAGCAUCUCAUCUGCGACAAUCUGCUGCCGGGAAGAGAUCUACUUCUGCAGACACGUCUUGUAAACCACGUUAGCAGCAUGAGACCCAAUAUUUUUCUGGGCGUCAGUGAAGGGUCCGCCCAGUAUAAGAAGUGGUAUUAUGAGCUGAUGGUGGACCACACGGAGCCGUUCGUGACUGCCGAAGCCACUCACCUGAGGGUGGGCUGGGCGUCCACCGAAGGGUACUCUCCCUACCCUGGAGGCGGUGAGGAGUGGGGUGGCAAUGGAGUUGGAGAUGACCUCUUUUCCUACGGAUUUGAUGGCCUUCACCUCUGGUCAGGUUGUAUUGCACGUACUGUAAGCUCACCGAAUCAACAUCUCUUGAGAACCGAUGAUGUCAUCAGUUGCUGUUUAGAUCUGAGCGCCCCAAGCAUCUCAUUCCGAAUUAACGGGCAACCUGUUCAAGGAAUGUUUGAGAAUUUCAACAUCGAUGGCCUCUUCUUUCCAGUUGUUAGUUUCUCUGCAGGAAUAAAGGUACGCUUUCUACUUGGGGGGAGACAUGGAGAAUUUAAAUUCCUUCCUCCACCUGGGUAUGCUCCUUGUUAUGAAGCUGUUCUCCCAAAAGAGAAGUUGAAAGUGGAACACAGCAGAGAAUACAAGCAAGAAAGAACUUACACCCGAGACCUGCUGGGCCCCACGGUUUCCCUGACGCAGGCCGCCUUCACACCAAUCCCUGUGGACACCAGCCAGAUUGUGUUACCUCCUCACCUGGAGAGAAUAAGAGAAAAACUGGCAGAGAAUAUCCAUGAACUCUGGGUUAUGAAUAAAAUUGAACUUGGCUGGCAGUAUGGUCCGGUUAGAGAUGACAAUAAGAGACAGCAUCCGUGUCUGGUGGAGUUCUCCAAGCUACCGGAGCAGGAACGCAAUUACAAUUUGCAGAUGUCGCUUGAGACCCUGAAGACUUUGUUGGCAUUAGGAUGUCAUGUGGGAAUAGCAGAUGAACAUGCUGAAGAAAAGGUGAAAAAAAUGAAGCUGCCCAAGAAUUACCAGCUGACAAGUGGGUAUAAGCCUGCCCCGAUGGACCUGAGCUUCAUUAAACUCACGCCGUCUCAGGAAGCGAUGGUGGACAAGUUGGCGGAGAACGCUCACAACGUGUGGGCCCGGGAUCGAAUCCGGCAGGGCUGGACUUACGGCAUCCAGCAGGAUGUAAAGAACAGAAGAAACCCUCGCCUAGUUCCCUACACCCUUCUAGAUGACCGCACCAAGAAGUCCAACAAGGACAGCCUCCGUGAGGCCGUGCGCACGCUGCUGGGAUAUGGCUACCAUCUGGAGGCGCCAGAUCAAGAUCAUGCUGCCCGAGCCGAAGUGUGUAGCGGCACCGGGGAGAGGUUCCGAAUCUUCCGCGCGGAGAAAACCUAUGCCGUCAAGGCAGGAAGGUGGUAUUUUGAAUUUGAGGCUGUCACUGCUGGAGACAUGAGAGUCGGAUGGAGCAGGCCACGUUGUCAACCUGACCAAGAGCUGGGCUCAGACGAACGUGCCUUUGCUUUUGAUGGCUUCAAGGCCCAGCGGUGGCACCAGGGCAACGAACACUAUGGGCGCUCUUGGCAAGCGGGCGAUGUUGUGGGAUGCAUGGUGGACAUGACGGAGCACACCAUGAUGUUCACACUGAAUGGCGAAAUCCUUCUGGAUGACUCGGGCUCAGAACUGGCGUUCAAGGACUUCGACGUUGGUGACGGAUUCAUUCCUGUCUGUAGCCUUGGAGUGGCUCAGGUGGGCAGGAUGAACUUUGGAAAGGAUGUCAGCACCUUGAAAUAUUUCACCAUCUGUGGCUUACAAGAGGGUUACGAACCGUUUGCUGUGAACACAAACAGGGAUAUUACCAUGUGGCUAAGCAAGAGGCUUCCUCAGUUUCUCCAGGUCCCUUCAAACCAUGAGCAUAUCGAGGUGACCAGAAUAGACGGCACCAUCGACAGUUCUCCGUGUUUAAAAGUCACCCAGAAGUCCUUUGGCGCUCAGAACAGCACUGCCGACAUCAUGUUCUAUCGCCUGAGCAUGCCAAUCGAGUGUGCCGAGGUUUUCUCCAAGACGGUGGCAGGCGGGCUCCCAGGCGCCGGCCUCUUUGGGCCCAAGAAUGAUCUGGAGGAUUACGAUGCAGAUUCUGACUUUGAGGUUCUAAUGAAGACAGCUCAUGGCCAUCUGGUGCCAGACCGUGUUGACAAAGACAAGGAAGCCACAAAACCAGAGUUUAAUAACCACAAAGACUAUGCUCAGGAAAAGCCCUCUCGUCUGAAACAAAGAUUUUUGCUUAGAAGAACAAAGCCAGAUUAUAGCACGAGCCAUUCUGCAAGGCUCACGGAAGAUGUCCUUGCAGAUGAUCGGGAUGAUUAUGACUACUUGAUGCAAACGUCCACGUACUAUUACUCAGUGAGAAUCUUUCCCGGCCAAGAACCUGCUAACGUCUGGGUGGGCUGGAUUACAUCAGAUUUCCAUCAGUAUGAUACAGGCUUUGACUUGGACAGAGUUCGUACAGUAACCGUGACUCUAGGAGAUGAAAAGGGAAAAGUACAUGAAAGCAUCAAACGCAGCAACUGCUAUAUGGUGUGCGCGGGUGAGAGCAUGAGCCCAGGGCAAGGACGCAACAAUAAUGGCCUGGAGAUUGGGUGUGUGGUGGAUGCUGCCAGUGGGCUUCUCACGUUCACCGCCAACGGCAAGGAGCUGAGCACCUACUACCAGGUGGAGCCAAGUACAAAGUUAUUUCCUGCAGCUUUUGCCCAAGCUACAAGUCCCAAUGUUUUCCAGUUUGAGCUGGGAAGAAUCAAGAAUGUGAUGCCUCUCUCCGCGGGAUUAUUCAAGAGUGAGCACAAAAACCCUGUGCCCCAGUGUCCCCCGCGUCUCCACGUGCAGUUUCUGUCCCACGUCCUGUGGAGCAGAAUGCCCAACCAGUUCCUGAAGGUAGAUGUGUCUCGAAUAAGUGAGCGCCAAGGCUGGCUGGUGCAGUGUUUGGAUCCUCUGCAGUUCAUGUCUCUCCAUAUCCCGGAGGAGAACAGAUCUGUUGACAUACUGGAGCUGACAGAGCAGGAAGAGCUGCUGAAAUUCCACUACCACACGCUCCGGCUUUACUCCGCCGUCUGCGCCCUCGGGAACCACCGGGUGGCGCAUGCGUUGUGCAGCCACGUGGACGAACCCCAGCUGCUCUACGCCAUCGAGAACAAGUACAUGCCCGGUUUGCUGCGGGCCGGCUACUAUGACCUGCUGAUUGACAUCCACCUGAGCUCCUACGCCACUGCCAGGCUCAUGAUGAACAGUGAGUUCAUCGUGCCCAUGACGGAGGAGACCAAGAGCAUCACCCUCUUCCCUGAUGAGAACAAAAAGCAUGGCCUCCCAGGGAUUGGCCUCAGCACCUCCCUCAGGCCACGGAUACAGUUUUCCUCCCCCAGUUUUGUGAGCAUCAAUAACGACUGCUACCAAUACAGUCCAGAGUUCCCGCUGGACAUCCUGAAGGCCAAAACCAUUCAGAUGCUGACAGAAGCUGUUAAAGAGGGCAGCCUGCAUGCCCGGGACCCCGUGGGGGGCACCACUGAAUUUCUCUUUGUACCUCUCAUCAAGCUCUUCUAUACUCUGCUCAUCAUGGGGAUCUUCCACAAUGAGGACUUAAAACACAUCUUGCAGCUGAUAGAGCCCAGUGUGUUCAAGGAAGCCGCCACUCCGGAAGAAGACACUGAGGCUCUGGAGAAAGAGCCCUCCAUGGAAGACUCCAAGCCAGAAGGAGCUGGAGAAGAAGAAGCCAAAGGGGGUAAGAGGCCCAAGGAAGGACUGCUCCAAAUGAAACUGCCUGAGCCAGUUAAAUUGCAGAUGUGUCUGCUGCUCCAGUACCUCUGUGACUGCCAGGUCCGACACCGGAUAGAAGCCAUCGUGGCCUUUUCAGAUGACUUUGUAGCCAAGCUCCAAGACAAUCAGCGCUUCCGUUACAAUGAAGUUAUGCAGGCUUUAAACAUGUCGGCCGCGCUCACUGCCAGGAAGACAAAGGAAUUUCGAUCCCCACCUCAGGAACAGAUCAAUAUGCUUCUCAAUUUUAAGGAUGAUAAAAGUGAAUGUCCAUGUCCUGAAGAAAUCCGAGACCAGCUCUUAGAUUUUCAUGAAGAUUUGAUGACACAUUGUGGAAUUGAGCUGGAUGAAGAUGGGUCUCUUGAUGGAAACAGUGACUUAACAAUUAGAGGACGCCUGCUGUCCUUGGUAGAAAAGGUGACAUACCUGAAGAAGAAACAGGCCGAAAAACCAGUUGAGAGUGGCUCCAAGAAGUCCUCCACUCUUCAGCAGUUGAUUUCUGAGACCAUGGUCCGAUGGGCGCAAGAGUCUGUCAUUGAAGACCCUGAACUGGUGAGGGCCAUGUUUGUGUUGCUCCAUCGACAGUACGAUGGCAUUGGGGGUCUGGUCCGGGCUCUGCCAAAGACCUACACUAUAAAUGGUGUCUCCGUGGAGGAUACCAUCAACCUGCUGGCAUCUCUCGGUCAGAUUCGUUCUCUGCUGAGUGUAAGAAUGGGCAAAGAAGAAGAGAAGCUUAUGAUUCGUGGAUUAGGGGAUAUCAUGAAUAAUAAAGUAUUUUACCAGCACCCUAAUCUCAUGAGGGCACUUGGGAUGCACGAGACGGUGAUGGAGGUCAUGGUGAAUGUCCUUGGAGGUGGAGAGUCCAAGGAAAUCACUUUUCCCAAGAUGGUGGCCAACUGUUGCCGUUUUCUUUGUUACUUCUGUCGUAUAAGUCGGCAGAAUCAAAAAGCUAUGUUUGACCAUCUCAGCUAUUUAUUGGAGAACAGCAGUGUUGGUCUUGCCUCACCAGCAAUGAGAGGUUCAACACCACUGGAUGUGGCAGCCGCAUCAGUGAUGGAUAAUAAUGAACUGGCCUUAGCUCUGCGUGAGCCAGAUUUGGAAAAGGUAGUUCGAUAUUUGGCUGGUUGUGGACUGCAGAGUUGCCCAAUGCUGGUAUCUAAGGGUUACCCAGAUAUUGGGUGGAAUCCAGUUGAAGGAGAGAGAUACCUUGACUUUCUCCGAUUUGCUGUCUUCUGUAAUGGGGAGAGCGUGGAAGAGAAUGCUAAUGUUGUGGUGAGGUUGCUCAUCCGGAGGCCUGAGUGUUUCGGUCCUGCUUUGAGAGGGGAAGGUGGGAACGGUCUUCUUGCAGCAAUGGAAGAAGCCAUAAAAAUAGCCGAGGAUCCCUCUCGAGAUGGUCCCUCGCCAACUAGCGGAUCCAGUAAAACACUUGAGACAGAAGAGGAGGAGGAUGACACUAUCCACAUGGGGAAUGCCAUCAUGACGUUUUAUGCAGCUUUGAUUGACCUCUUAGGACGCUGUGCUCCUGAAAUGCAUUUGAUUCAUGCUGGUAAGGGGGAAGCCAUCAGAAUCCGGUCAAUUCUGAGAUCCCUAAUUCCACUGGGAGAUUUGGUGGGAGUAAUCAGCAUUGCUUUUCAGAUGCCAACAAUAGCCAAAGAUGGGAAUGUGGUGGAGCCUGACAUGUCUGCGGGGUUUUGCCCAGAUCACAAGGCAGCCAUGGUUUUGUUCCUUGACAGGGUCUAUGGCAUUGAGGUUCAAGAUUUCCUCCUCCAUCUUCUCGAGGUUGGCUUUCUGCCUGAUCUCCGGGCUGCUGCUUCUUUAGAUACGGCUGCUUUGAGUGCCACAGACAUGGCCCUGGCCCUCAAUCGGUACCUUUGCACAGCCGUGUUGCCUUUAUUAACAAGAUGUGCCCCUCUUUUCGCGGGCACAGAACACCACGCUUCUCUCAUUGACUCGCUACUGCACACUGUGUACAGACUUUCGAAGGGCUGCUCACUUACCAAAGCUCAGCGGGAUUCCAUAGAAGUUUGUUUGCUCUCUAUUUGUGGCCAAUUGAGACCUUCUAUGAUGCAGCACUUGCUCCGAAGAUUAGUGUUUGAUGUCCCAUUAUUAAAUGAACAUGCGAAGAUGCCUCUUAAGUUGCUGACAAAUCAUUAUGAAAGAUGCUGGAAAUAUUACUGCCUGCCUGGAGGGUGGGGGAACUUCGGAGCUGCCUCAGAAGAAGAACUUCAUUUAUCAAGAAAGUUGUUUUGGGGCAUUUUUGACGCCCUGUCUCAAAAGAAAUAUGAACAAGAACUUUUCAAACUGGCACUGCCUUGCCUGAGUGCCGUUGCGGGAGCUUUGCCUCCAGACUACAUGGAGUCAAAUUAUGUCAGUAUGAUGGAAAAACAGUCAUCAAUGGAUUCUGAAGGGAACUUUAACCCACAACCUGUUGAUACCUCAAACAUUACAAUUCCUGAGAAGUUGGAAUACUUCAUUAACAAAUAUGCUGAACAUUCUCAUGACAAAUGGUCAAUGGACAAGUUGGCAAAUGGAUGGAUUUAUGGAGAAAUAUAUUCAGACUCGUCUAAAGUUCAGCCGUUAAUGAAGCCAUAUAAACUAUUAUCUGAAAAGGAAAAAGAAAUUUAUCGCUGGCCAAUCAAAGAAUCUUUAAAAACCAUGCUGGCGUGGGGUUGGAGGGUUGAGAGAACACGGGAGGGAGACAGCAUGGCCCUCUACAACCGUUCUCGUCGUAUUUCUCAGACAAGCCAGGUUUCUGUUGAUGCUGCGCAUGGUUAUAGCCCCCGAGCCAUUGAUAUGAGCAAUGUCACACUGUCCAGAGACCUGCACGCUAUGGCAGAAAUGAUGGCUGAAAACUACCAUAAUAUAUGGGCAAAGAAAAAGAAGAUGGAGCUGGAGUCCAAAGGAGGUGGAAACCAUCCCCUGCUGGUACCCUAUGAUACACUGACAGCCAAAGAGAAAGCCAAGGAUAGGGAAAAAGCACAGGACAUCCUCAAGUUCUUACAGAUCAAUGGAUAUGCUGUAUCCAGGGGAUUCAAGGACCUGGAAUUGGACACACCUUCCAUUGAGAAACGAUUUGCCUAUAGUUUCCUUCAGCAACUCAUUCGCUAUGUGGAUGAAGCCCAUCAGUAUAUCCUGGAGUUUGAUGGUGGCAGCAGAAGCAAGGCGGAACAUUUUCCUUACGAGCAAGAAAUCAAGUUCUUUGCUAAAGUUGUGCUUCCUUUAAUUGAUCAGUAUUUCAAAAACCAUCGUUUAUACUUCUUAUCUGCAGCAAGCAGACCCCUCUGUUCUGGAGGACAUGCGUCAAACAAGGAGAAAGAAAUGGUGACGAGCCUAUUCUGCAAACUUGGAGUUCUUGUCAGGCAUAGGAUUUCACUAUUUGGAAAUGAUGCCACAUCAAUUGUCAACUGUCUUCAUAUUUUGGGUCAGACUUUGGAUGCAAGGACUGUCAUGAAGACUGGCCUGGAGACUGUUAAAAGUGCUCUCAGAACGUUUCUGGACAAUGCGGCGGAGGAUCUGGAGAAGACAAUGGAGAAUCUCAAGCAGGGCCAGUUCACCCACACCCGAAACCAACCCAAAGGUGUUACUCAGAUUAUCAAUUAUACCACGGUGGCUCUGUUGCCAAUGCUGUCAUCAUUAUUUGAGCAUAUUGGCCAGCAUCAGUUCGGAGAAGAUCUAAUAUUGGAAGAUGUACAGGUGUCAUGUUAUAGAAUUCUGACUAGCUUAUAUGCUUUGGGAACCAGCAAAAGUAUUUAUGUGGAAAGGCAACGCUCUGCAUUAGGAGAAUGUCUUGCUGCUUUUGCUGGUGCCUUUCCUGUCGCAUUUUUGGAAACUCAUCUCGACAAACAUAACAUCUACUCUAUCUACAAUACCAAGUCAUCGCGAGAAAGAGCAGCUCUGAAUUUGCCAACUAACGUGGAGGAUGUGUGCCCAAAUAUACCGUCUUUGGAGAAACUCAUGGAAGAAAUUGUGGAAUUAGCUGAGUCCGGCAUUCGCUACACACAGAUGCCACACGUCAUGGAAGUCAUACUGCCCAUGCUUUGCAGCUACAUGUCUCGUUGGUGGGAGCACGGACCUGAAAAUAAUCCAGAAAGGGCUGAAAUGUGCUGUACCGCCCUGAACUCCGAGCACAUGAACACGCUCUUGGGGAAUAUAUUGAAAAUCAUAUAUAAUAACCUGGGAAUUGAUGAGGGAGCCUGGAUGAAGAGGUUAGCAGUAUUUUCACAGCCCAUUAUAAAUAAAGUGAAACCUCAGCUCCUGAAAACUCAUUUCUUGCCAUUAAUGGAGAAACUCAAGAAAAAAGCAGCGAUGGUGGUGUCGGAGGAGGACCAUCUGAAAGCUGAGGCCAGGGGGGAUAUGUCUGAGGCAGAGCUUCUCAUUCUCGAUGAGUUCACCACUCUGGCCAGAGAUCUCUAUGCCUUCUACCCGCUCUUGAUUAGAUUUGUGGACUAUAACAGGGCAAAGUGGCUAAAAGAACCUAACCCAGAAGCAGAGGACCUUUUCCGCAUGGUGGCCGAAGUGUUUAUCUACUGGUCAAAAUCCCACAAUUUCAAAAGAGAAGAGCAGAACUUUGUGGUACAGAAUGAAAUCAACAAUAUGUCUUUCCUUAUUACGGACACCAAGUCAAAGAUGUCAAAGGCCGCUGUCUCUGAUCAGGAAAGGAAGAAGAUGAAGCGCAAAGGAGAUCGGUACUCCACGCAGACCUCUCUCAUUGUGGCAGCUCUGAAGCGGUUACUGCCCAUUGGGUUGAACAUCUGUGCCCCUGGGGACCAGGAGCUCAUCGCUCUGGCCAAAAACCGAUUUAGUAUGAAAGACACUGAGGAUGAAGUACGAGAUAUAAUCCGCAGUAAUAUUCAUUUACAAGGCAAGUUGGAGGAUCCUGCUAUCAGAUGGCAAAUGGCUCUUUACAAAGAUUUACCGAACAGGACUGAAGAUACAUCAGAUCCAGAGAAGACCGUAGAGAGAGUAUUAGAUAUAGCAAAUGUGCUUUUUCAUCUUGAGCAGAAAUCUACAUCUAUGCACCGGAGAUAUUACAGUCUGGUGGAGCACCCACAGAGAUCGAAGAAAGCUGUAUGGCACAAACUUCUGUCCAAGCAGAGGAAGAGGGCAGUGGUGGCCUGCUUCCGAAUGGCUCCUUUAUAUAAUCUGCCAAGGCACCGGGCCGUUAACCUCUUUCUUCAGGGAUAUGAAAAGUCUUGGAUUGAAACAGAAGAACACUACUUUGAAGAUAAGCUGAUAGAAGAUUUAGCAAAACCUGGAGCAGACCCUCCAGAGGAAGAGGAAGGCACAAAGAGAGUCGAUCCCCUCCAUCAGCUCAUCCUUCUGUUUAGUCGAACAGCUUUAACGGAGAAAUGCAAACUGGAGGAAGAUUUUUUAUAUAUGGCUUAUGCAGAUAUUAUGGCAAAGAGUUGUCAUGAUGAGGAAGAUGAUGAUGGUGAAGAAGAAGUGAAGAGUUUUGAAGUCACAGGAUCCCAACGCAGCAAGCACGAUAUUAUCAAAGAUUUAAGAAACAAAUUUGCCAGCCUCGGCGAGAACUCUCUGGAAAAAGAAAUGGAGAAGCAGAAGCUUCUGUACCAGCAAGCCAGGCUCCAUGACCGCGGGGCUGCUGAGAUGGUGCUACAGACCAUCAGUGCCAGCAAAGGUGAUACUGGACCAAUGGUAGCGGCGACUUUGAAACUUGGAAUUGCAAUCUUAAAUGGCGGGAACUCCACAGUUCAGCAGAAAAUGCUGGACUAUCUCAAGGAGAAGAAGGACGUGGGUUUCUUUCAGAGCCUUGCCGGCCUGAUGCAGUCGUGCAGCGUCCUCGACCUAAAUGCAUUUGAGCGGCAGAACAAAGCUGAAGGACUUGGAAUGGUCACCGAAGAAGGAUCAGCCUCUCACUUUGAAAGUCACAGACUGCAGACUGGAGAAAAGGUUCUCCAAGAUGACGAGUUCACGUGUGACCUCUUCCGUUUCCUCCAGCUGCUUUGUGAGGGACACAACUCAGAUUUUCAAAAUUAUCUGAGAACUCAGACUGGCAAUAACACAACUGUCAACAUCAUCAUCUCUACCGUAGACUACCUACUCAGAGUCCAGGAAUCCAUUAGUGAUUUCUAUUGGUAUUACUCUGGGAAAGAUGUUAUUGAUGAACAAGGACAACGGAAUUUCUCCAAAGCAAUUCAAGUAGCAAAACAAGUCUUUAACACGCUCACAGAGUAUAUUCAGGGUCCUUGCACUGGGAAUCAGCAGAGCUUGGCCCACAGCAGGCUAUGGGACGCAGUUGUGGGCUUCCUUCACGUAUUCGCCCACAUGCAGAUGAAGCUGUCUCAGGAUUCCAGUCAAAUCGAGCUAUUAAAAGAAUUAAUGGAUCUUCAGAAGGAUAUGGUGGUCAUGUUGCUGUCCAUGCUAGAAGGUAAUGUUGUCAAUGGAACCAUUGGCAAACAGAUGGUCGAUAUGCUUGUGGAGUCUUCCAACAACGUGGAGAUGAUUCUCAAGUUUUUUGACAUGUUCUUAAAACUAAAGGAUUUGACCUCUUCUGACACAUUUAAAGAAUACGACCCUGACGGCAAGGGAGUCAUUUCCAAGAGGGACUUCCAUAAAGCGAUGGAGAGCCAUAAACACUACACGCAAUCAGAAACCGAGUUUCUUCUGUCCUGUGCGGAGACAGAUGAGAACGAAACCCUGGACUAUGAAGAGUUUGUCAAAAGGUUUCACGAGCCCGCAAAGGACAUCGGCUUCAAUGUGGCCGUUCUUCUGACCAACCUUUCGGAGCACAUGCCCAAUGAUACGCGACUGCAGACUUUCCUGGAGUUGGCAGAGAGCGUGCUGAAUUACUUCCAGCCUUUUCUGGGCCGCAUCGAGAUCAUGGGAAGUGCCAAGCGCAUCGAGAGGGUGUAUUUUGAAAUCAGUGAGUCCAGCCGAACCCAGUGGGAGAAGCCCCAGGUCAAGGAGUCCAAGAGGCAGUUCAUAUUUGAUGUGGUCAACGAAGGGGGAGAAAAGGAGAAAAUGGAACUUUUUGUCAACUUCUGUGAGGACACCAUAUUCGAAAUGCAGCUGGCAGCGCAGAUCUCAGAGUCGGAUUUGAAUGAGAGGUCAGCGAAUAAAGAAGAGAGUGAGAAGGAGAAGCCGGAAGAGCAGGGGCCCAGAAUGGGUUUCUUUUCCAUCGUGACGGUCAAGUCGGCCCUGUUUGCUCUCAGGUAUAAUAUCUUGACCCUCAUGAGAAUGCUCAGCCUGAAGAGCCUGAAGAAACAGAUGAAAAAAGUGAAGAAGAUGACGAUGAAGGAUAUGGUCACGGCCGCCUUUUCGUCCUACUGGAGUAUUUUCCUGAGCCUCCUGCACUUUGUGGCCAGCGUUUCCAGAGGCUUCUUCCGCAUCAUUUGCAGCCUGCUGCUUGGCGGGAGCCUAGUAGAAGGAGCAAAAAAGAUCCGAGUGGCAGAGCUCUUAGCCAACAUGCCAGACCCCACUCAGGAUGAGGUGAGAGGGGAUGGAGAAGAGGGGGACAGGAGGCCCAUGGAGGCCGCCCUGCCCUCGGAAGAUCUGACAGACCUGAAGGAACUGACAGAGGAAAGCGACCUUCUUUCGGACAUAUUUGGCUUGGAUCUGAAGAGAGAAGGAGGACAGUACAAACUUAUUCCUCAUAAUCCAAACGCCGGCCUCAGCGAUCUAAUGAGCAACCCGGUCCCUAUCCCUGACGUGCAAGAAAAAUUUCAGGAACAGAAGGUGAAAGAGGAAGAAAAGGAGGAGAAAGAAGAAAGCAAAUCUGAACCUGAAAAGGCCGAGGGAGAAGAUGGAGAAAAAGAAGAAAAAGCCAAAGAAGAUAAGGGUAAACAGAAGUUGAGGCAGCUCCAUACACACAGAUACGGAGAGCCAGAAGUUCCCGAGUCGGCAUUCUGGAAGAAAAUCAUCGCAUAUCAACAGAAACUUCUAAACUAUUUUGCUCGCAACUUUUACAACAUGAGAAUGUUAGCCUUAUUCGUCGCGUUUGCAAUCAAUUUCAUCUUGCUCUUUUAUAAGGUCUCCACUUCUUCUGUGGUUGAAGGAAAGGAGCCCCCCACUCGCAGUUCAAGUGGAAAUGCCAAAGUUAGCAGCCUGGACAGUGGCUCGCCUAGAAUCAUCGCGGUUCACUACGUCCUGGAGGAGAGCAGCGGCUACAUGGAGCCCACGCUGCGGAUCUUAGCCAUUCUUCACACGGUCAUUUCUUUCUUCUGCAUCAUCGGCUACUACUGCUUGAAAGUCCCAUUGGUUAUUUUUAAGCGAGAAAAGGAAGUAGCUCGAAAAUUGGAAUUUGAUGGGCUUUAUAUUACAGAACAGCCUUCAGAAGAUGAUAUUAAAGGCCAGUGGGAUCGACUCGUAAUCAACACACAGUCAUUUCCCAACAACUACUGGGACAAAUUUGUUAAAAGAAAGGUUAUGGAUAAAUAUGGGGAGUUCUAUGGCCGGGACAGAAUCAGUGAGCUCCUUGGUAUGGACAAAGCCGCCCUAGAUUUCAGCGAUGCCCGGGAAAAGAAGAAGCCAAAGAAAGACAGCUCCCUGUCAGCCGUACUGAACUCUAUUGAUGUGAAGUAUCAGAUGUGGAAACUAGGAGUCGUCUUCACGGACAACUCUUUCCUCUACCUGGCCUGGUAUAUGACUAUGUCCGUUCUGGGACACUAUAACAACUUUUUUUUUGCUGCUCAUCUUCUUGACAUUGCUAUGGGAUUCAAGACACUGAGAACCAUCUUGUCAUCAGUAACUCACAAUGGCAAGCAGCUUGUAUUAACUGUUGGCUUGUUAGCUGUUGUUGUAUACCUAUAUACUGUUGUGGCAUUCAACUUUUUCCGAAAAUUCUACAAUAAAAGUGAAGAUGGUGACACACCGGAUAUGAAAUGUGAUGAUAUGCUAACGUGCUACAUGUUCCACAUGUACGUCGGGGUACGUGCUGGAGGGGGUAUCGGCGAUGAAAUCGAAGACCCAGCAGGCGAUGAAUAUGAGAUCUAUCGAAUCAUCUUUGACAUCACCUUCUUCUUCUUCGUGAUUGUCAUUCUCUUGGCCAUAAUUCAAGGUUUAAUUAUUGAUGCUUUUGGAGAGCUAAGAGACCAACAGGAGCAAGUCAAAGAAGACAUGGAGACCAAAUGUUUCAUCUGUGGGAUAGGCAACGAUUACUUCGACACAGUGCCACAUGGCUUUGAAACCCACACUUUACAGGAACACAACCUGGCCAAUUACCUGUUUUUUCUGAUGUAUCUCAUAAACAAAGAUGAAACAGAGCACACGGGACAGGAAUCUUAUGUCUGGAAGAUGUAUCAAGAAAGGUGCUGGGAAUUCUUCCCAGCAGGGGAUUGUUUCCGGAAACAGUAUGAAGACCAGCUAAAUUAAACUCAGACUCUGGUCACCUCUGAAAACCAAAACAUACACAUUCACUCUUUCUGUUUCGGUCUCUGUCUCUCUCUGACUCUUUCUCUCUGCUCUCUUGGAGACAUCCUGCUGAAUUUGUGAAUUGCCAGCAUUAUAUGCUUUCUGGGAGCAGUGAACUCUGUUUCUGAAGACCCGACUGUGCUUUCCCCCCCCACCUUGUGUAUUUUCUUUGAGAAUAAAGACUGAAGAAUAUUCUAAAUUCAUACACAGACAACAUAGGAACUCUGGAAAGGACACCAUUUCGGACACUCUCAGUCAUAACGCAAAUGGACCGAUUUCCUUCUGAGACUCCUGGAAGUCCCCUUGAGCUAUGGGACAGUCACAGAGACGCGUGACAGCCACACUCAUCCGGCCCCUUUAUUUCACCAUCCUGAGAGGAACUCUCUAAUGGUCACAGAGCACUGUAGCACUUAAGAGAUUGCCGUGGACACCACUUACGAAGGGAAAUAGUGCCUUACUAUAUGUGGGUUGAGCUAUGCAGAAGAUGUGUGCAUGAAAAAAACCAUCUUUAUUUUCUUCAUGUCGAUCUUUUUUUUCUCAGAUUGAUUUUGUGGGUUUUUUUUUUCCUUUAUUCUUUUCUCUGGUGGGGGAGGGUAAGAAAAGCAGUUUGCGUGCACCUUUCUAAAAAAAAAAAAAAAAGACGGGUGGCCUGUCUCAGGACGAGAGGAGGCUCUUCUCAUUCACUAAAUUCACAUUUACCCUCCCCAUGUGAUCGUGCUCUUAUUUUGGUAAUGCUCUGGUGCAACACUGCGACUUUAUGAAAUCUUUGUAUGAAAACACAAAGACUGCAAAAAAAAAAUACACUUUCAAAAGAAAUAAUUCAUUGCAUGUUUAUUAUGCAAGUUUAAAAGAACAAAGAAAACCUCCAGAAGCAAGUUGAUGAACGUGAGAGACCUUUCAUGAUAAUUCUACUCAUAGUAAUAAAGUGUCGUGGGCUUAAUUGUAUAUUUGGAGCCAGUGUCAUCCACCAACAAUGUGAUACGUUAUGAACUUGACAGUAGUUUUGGGUUUUUCUCUUUCUUUUGGCCACCUGUGAUCAGUUGCUGAUUAAGGACUUCUCGUCCGGCCAUUUUUUUAAUAUCAAAGCUGAAGCAAUAUCCAUUCAGGGAGUUCAUCAGAUGCAUCAAAAACCACGGGUGAUAAUUACCAGUCACUCCAUUUUGAGUCCUUUUAAAUGUAAUGCUUAUCUUUACAAAUAAAAAGACAGAUUCAGAAUGGAAGCAAGAUCAUUUUGCAAACAUUGGAGCUCUUUUAUUACAAGUCUGCUUGUUAAUUUUAGAAUUGGAAAACUGCUCUGAUUAAACUAUUUAACUAAC